UGGGGGCGGAGAGGACUUAAGCUGCUGCGGGGACGCUGGGGUGAGGCGACGCGCCCGGUCCGACUCCCGACCGCUUCCACCAGAGUCUUCGGACGAUCGGACCGUCGCGGCCCGGACUUAGAGCGCAUCCCCGCUCCCCAGCCGGUCGCCAGGCGCCUCUGCAUCAGCCCCGGGAGCCCCGCCUCCGUCCCCUGGGACCCGCGCGGGAGCCAGGCCUCUGACUGGCCCGGGAACCCUGCGUGGACUCACCCGCGGCCGCAGCGAUCUUCCCGAGGACUCGGAAGCUGGACCCUUCAAAGAGUCGGCCUUGUGCUCGCGGGUCACCUGCUGGCUGGAUUCCGGAAACCCACUGUCUAAACGCCACAGAAAGGAAUCGCUGGUCACCCAGGAUCGGAUGCGUCUGUACCUAAACCUCCCUCCCUCUUGGACUUCCCCGUGCUCUUUUCAUCCGUUUUCUAAACCUUUGGGCAUUUCUGUGCCCAGAAGCCAUCCCCCACUACCAAGGUAGCUGGGUGAGCCUGGAAUCUUGCUGCCUUGUACUCCAACCAGUGCCUCCAACUGCGGUGCAAACCUUACGACCCAAUUCUGCACACACCCAGGAAGUUCUGCCUUUUCUUCUCUUUCUGUGUCUCCAGUACCCCCCAAAAUUUCCCCUCCUCCUGUGCCCUCUUCACCCCCCUCCUUUGGGGGCCCCGUGACCCUGAAUGUGGGGGGCACGUUAUAUUCCACCACGUUGGAGACCCUGACUCGCUUCCCAGACUCCAUGCUGGGGGCCAUGUUUAGGGCUGACACCCCCAUUCCCCCAAACCUCAACUCCCAGGGAGGUGGCCACUACUACUUCAUUGACAGAGAUGGCAAAGCCUUCCGGCACAUUCUCAAUUUCCUGCGACUGGGCCGCCUGGAUCUGCCCCUUGGAUAUGGGGAGACAGCGCUUCUCAGGGCAGAGGCUGACUUCUACCAGAUCCAACCUCUCCUAGACGCCCUGCGGGAACUGGAGGCCUCUCAGGGGAGCCGUGCGCCCAGAGCUGCCCUGCUCCACGCAGAUGUAGAUGCCAGCCCCCGCAUGGUGCACUUCUCUGCUCGCCGGGGCCCACACCACUAUGAGCUGAGCUCUGUCCAGGUGGACACCUUCCGAGCCAACCUCUUCUGCACCGACCCAGAGUGUCUGGGUGCCAUGAGGGCCCGAUUUGGUGUGGCCAACGAGGAGAGAGCAGAAGGAGGACCACACUUUCGUCUGGAGUGGGCCCCCCGCCCCACGGAACUUCCGGAAGGGGAGUACAGGAAACUGGGGCUUCAGCCACUGUGGACAGGGGGGCCAGGAGAGCCAAGGGAAGUGGUGGGCACACCGGGCUUUCUGGAGGAGGUGCUUCGGGUGGCUCUGGAGCAUGGCUUCCGUCUAGACUCCGUUUUCCCUGACCCUGAAGACCUGCUCAACUCCAGAUCUCUGCGCUUUGUCCGGCACUAAAAACAGAACUGGGAAUAUUGCCCUCAGUUUGACUGGAGGUGGGGAGAGAAGGGGACAGCAAAGAGGAAGAGGGCUCCCCUGAAGCCCUUUCCUAGCUAUGCUUCGGGAGCUGUGAGAGUGAGAGGUCCCACUGCACCUGACUGGAGCUUAAAUGUGGGCAGGACUCCCCAAACCCAAGCCCACUGAGGGCUCACAAGUGUUACAGAGGGUCUGGACUGGUGCUAAUCCUGGGAGGGGAGGGGUGGGGAAGGUUCCCUUGGCUUGUUCUCACCUGAGCCUGGGGACCUCCAGUUUCCUUGGUUGGAGCUCAAUAUUCAGGGGUUUGGAAAAGUGGGGACACUUCUCUGCCCGGGCUAGGCCUAGCAGAACACUGCAGGGACACUAAGGUCUGGGAGGAAGAGGGACUUUGGAUUGCUCUAAUGUGGUCUCCUGGACUGUGACUUCUCUUCCUGGAGCUGAGUGGCCUGGCCUGGGAAGGGAGAUUCUUUGCUGUGUCCCAACCCACCUACUGAGGAAGACAGAAAGGCUACAGCCCACCCUAGGCUGGCAUAAGAGAGCUAGGAGAAUCCUCUAAUUUGCAUCCCUCUGGAGAUCCAAAUGUUUUAAGGAUCUAAUAUUGGUAGAGCUGGUCAUGGGGAGGAGGGUGGCGUCUUCUUGAGCCUUGGCCUAACUCCCUUCAUGUAAUCGUGUGUGUCAGUGUGUGUCUGACUGAUGUGUGAGUCCCUGACAUCUGGGCUCCCAUCUGUGUUGCUCAUGAUGGUGUCUGUGUGUUGGCCUUUCUGUGGUCUCUGCAUGUCCAGGCCUGUUUGGGUUGCCCAGACACUGUUUGGGCACCAGGUGUGUCUAUGGGUAUGAGUAAACUGAGAACGAAUAGUUUAA